CAGGGUCUUUCACUGCGAACUUAAAAAGUGUUCGCAGCGACGCGGAGAUUUCAGCAGUUUUCAGCUUCAUGCACGCCAUAUUUCUUCUACCUGAGCGCCGUUAACGCGACGAAAACAGAUAUGUCUGUUGUACCAUCUAUAGUGGCCCUUGUGGCGUUGGUCGUACAGAACACCGCUCUGGUUUUCGCGAUGAAAUUAGCAUUCCGUGAUACGGCGAAAAGCUUCCAUGUUUCUGUUGUUGUUUUGUGCGCUGAAGCUUUCAAGUUUUGCGUUUGCUGCGCGAUAUCGAUUUUCACUAGGAAAAGCCCAGGAAUGACUUUCAAAUAUUUAACUCGGAUUUUUGACCAUCGCAUGGCUCUUCCGUCGCUUUUGUAUGUCGUUCAAAAUAACAUCUUGUUUGUAGCCGUGCAGCAUUUAACUCCAACAGUGUACGUGGCGUGUUCGCAGACUAAGGUACUAGCGACUGUGUUUUUCAGUGUCACCUUCUUGAACGUGAAGUUGACGAUUCGACAGAUCGUGGCGGUGUUCCUUCUCACGGCAGCGAUGAUAUCCCUGCAGCUACCUGAAUCCACUCCUGUAAGUGACGCCAAUCUUGUCGGGAAAAAAUCUUCUCAAGUGACAGGUUUCGCUGCGGUUUUUUGCUCCUCAGGAAUAUCCGGUUUCGCUAGUGUAUAUAUGGAAAGGCUACUCAAGGCGAGAGAUGGCGACUUUACGCUGUUUGAACAGAACAUCCAGCUAGGUUUAUUUUCUUUGCCACUAGCUUUGCUUGCAGGACUGCUACAAGAUUUCCAACUGUAUAAAACGACGGGGUUUUUUCAUGGUUUUGAUGUCGUCAUAUACUCGGUGAUAUUUCUCCAGGCUGUAGGAGGGCUAAUAGUAGCCGCCGUCGUGAAAUUCGCAAGCUCAAUAAUGAAGUGUUACGCUAUUUCUGCGUCAAUUUGUCUAGUUGCUAUAGUCUCAUGUUCCCUAGGUAUCGAAACGAUGUCUUCAAAUGCUUUAGCUGGAAUAUGCUUGACGGUGACAUCCGUGCAUCUGUUCACAAAGAGGUCGCUGUCGCCUUAGUGGACGUCAAGCCACUUCUGAGCACAUAAAAAUGAUUCGAUCUGCGGCAGUGUAUGUGUGGUUCUGUGCACUGCCAACAAAAGUCUAUAAUAUUUUCAAUUAUUUAUAUGGUCGAAGGUGAAGGCACUCGCUCAGUACCGGGGCUACACACGUGUUGUGAUGAACUUUUCCUAAGAACAUAGCAAGAUACAUCGUGCGGAACACAGGUAGGGCCAAUAGCAUAUACUGUACAAGAGUCACCCGGUGGCGCCAACAGCACACAUCUGCACGAAAGUACGAAGGUACCUCGCUCGCGUCGAUAUGCGAGUUCAAUUCUCAGGCUUUCAUGUUACUAUCACCAUAUAUUUGUAGGCAUAUUGAGACACCCCCUUGAUCGGAGAGCUUGAAAGACUUACGUCCUCUUCGGGGUUUACGGGAUUUGACCAAAAUAGACGAAAAUGACGGAAGUCGGGGUCUGGGGUGAUGCUCAGGUACUGCCAUCGAACGAUGGAAGGCAGAUAGACAUACAGAUAUUGCCGCGCGAAACGUGAAUUCGGCACGAAUCGCGCGUCGACCUCUUGCGAGUCCCCGCGUGUUCGUCAGAGUGUUCGCGUAUUCGUUUGCGGGUCUUACUCUCAAUUUAAUUUGGAACCUUGCUGCCGAAGCCUGCUCAUCUCAGGUAAAGUGCGCGCAACCAAAGCGCGUCGCGCUUCUGAUGCACGGCGAAGCGCGAUCUCUAAAUCUUACGCACUGCAGUAUACGCGAGAACGUCGUGGCGCCGUUCCUAGACGCCGGGCACAGCGUGCGCGUCUUCUGAAAUGCAAGUGACGAGCUGACGCGUGGCAGUACGGUGCUUUGAUUAAAUACCUUAGAAAAUGGUUAAGCCCUUCCGAAAUCUAGAAAUCUUACACGGGCAAUAUUGAAGGCGCUCGUCUCCGUGACAUGAGGAGCUGCCGGAGCUCGUCCACUUGUUUCUGAAAUGCCUUCUUCGAGGCAUCAAACGCUUUCUUCAAGAUGUCGAUUGUUUUCUUUUGAGUCCCGACUUCCAACUGAAGCAACGCAAUCUGCGCGGGAGCCGCUUCGAUGUCGAGCGUGAUUUGCGCGUCGUCGCCGUUCUCUGCGCGCUCGCGCGCCUGUUUGCGGAGCUCGCGCUUGGCGAAGAACUCGUACACGGCGCUGAGAAUGCUGAUGAGCGUGCUCGAGUACGCGAGCGCCUGGGCGAUGCGGAUGGAGAUGAGGUUCUCGUUGACGAAGCCCGUGCAGGAUUCGAAGUUGACGGGGGUCUUGAUGGUGCCUUGACAGGUGGCGUACGUAUUAAGACCGCCGUAACAGUAAAUUAUUAAAGCGCCUACAUUAGCGCCUCCAUCAUCAUAAUUUUGUCUAUCAGCCUGGAUCGAGCC